AUGAUGAUGAGUUAUAAAAAUAGUAUAGAGAAAAAGAAAAAUCAAUUAGAUCAUAUGCAGAAGAAAUUUGAUAGGUAUAAAGUUUAUCAAGAGAGGGAGAAGAAGAAAUUAAGGGAUAGAAUAGGAGAGUUGGAAGAUGAAAUUU